AUGAGCAAAGGUCCAGGUCUAUUCGCUGACAUCGGCAAGAAAGCCAAAGAUCUGUUGACGAGAGACUACAACACCGAUCAGAAAUUCAGCAUCUCCACAUACAGUGCAUCCGGCGUGGCACUUACGUCCACUGCUCUGAAGAAAGGAGGAGUGCAUGCUGCUGAUGUUACCUCCCAAUACAAGUACAAGAAUGCUGUCUUCGAUAUCAAAGUCGACACUGAUUCUACUAUUUUGACAACAGUCACUUUCACCGAGAUUCUCCCAUCGACCAAAGCCAUUGCCUCCUUCAAAGUCCCUGACAACAGCUCUGGCAAGCUCGAGGUUCAAUACUUCCACGACCACGCAACAGUUACCGCUGCGGCAGCUUUGAAGCAGAACCCUUUGAUCGACAUAACAGCCACUCUAGGAACACCAGUCAUCUCAUUCGGUGCUGAAGCUGGAUACGACACAUCUUCCAAGACUUUCACCAAGUACAACGCAGGAAUCAGUGUCACCAAGCCAGAUGCGUGCGCGUCCAUAAUAUUGGGAGACAAAGGAGGCUCGAUCAAAGCAUCUUACCUCCACCACCUUGACGAAUCUAAGAGAAGCGCAGCAGUUGGUGAGGUUUACAGGAAGUUCUCGACUAAUGAGAACACGAUAACUGUUGGUGGGUUAUACGCGAUUGAUCAUUUGACUACAGUGAAAGCUAAGCUGAACAACAAUGGCAAACUCGGUGCUCUGCUUCAGCACGAGGUUGCGCCUAAAUCACUUGUGACUGUUUCCAGUGAGGUCGACACUAAGGCCUUAGACAAGCAUCCAAGGUUUGGUAUUUCGCUUGCUCUCAAGCCAUGAGGCUCCGAAUCUUUCUCGUGUUCUCCCAGUUGUUGAAUUCUAUGGCAAAGGAUCCAAGAGUUUGAGGUUAUUUUUUUUUUGGGAAUAAAUAGUUCCGCAGUGACAAUUGACGGAUACAUUCUUUUUCGGAUAUGUUUGUUUUUCUUACAUUUUUUUUUUCUCUAAGCAAUAUUCUUGGUACGUUUUAUUUUACCAGUUUGGGUCCAUUACCAAAACAAGAAAUGAUUUCAAGUCAUCAUUAGAUAGAUUUUGCUUAGAUUAUAAAUUAAACCAUGAACUUGCUGAUGAACAUGAGGAGGAUGUACUUGUAAGUGAUCAGAUGGAACUUGUAGAUCAAUGCUAUAUUUCCUGGUGUAGCGUGAGAUAAGAUGAGCCACGAGGAAGAUACAAUAAGUGGUGGUGGUGAUUAAUUAUUCAGUGUAAUAAUCCCUGUUAUAUAACUAUCAUUAAUUAGUAAUUGUCUUUUUUUUUGUUAUGGUGUCUUUUGUUAUCUUUUCAAAGUUAUGUACUACAUGCAUAUGAUAUGUGGC